GGAAUUAUGUAUGUAGAUAAGGGUAGAAAAAAGUAAUCUCGCUUUUUUAUUAAUUACAAUGAUAUCGAGAAACGAGCGAGCAAGAAAGAAGGAAAUCUUAAUUUUUUGAAUCAGUUGUUUGGCGUACUUCAUCUAAGCCACAAAUAUACUCCCAUUAAAAAAUUGUCAUUUGCCAUUUUUUAUUGCUGAAAUUAUUAUUAAAAAAAAUAAUUAAAAAUAUGGAAAAGAAGAAGGAGUAUUUACGUUGUUUAAUGCUUUUCUACUUUCGUAAAAAUAAAACAGCUACCGAAACGAAACGUAAAAUUUGUGCAGUUUACGGUAAUGAUGCUGUUAGUGAGCGUGUAGUGCAAAUAUGGUUUUCAAAAUUUCGAAAGGGCGAUACCAGUUGUGUUGACGGUCAACGCACUGGACGUCCAGGUGUUGCAGAUUGUGAUAAGGUGAAAAUGUUAAUUGAAAGAAAUCCGCGUUUUACUACUAAAAAAAUUUCGGAUAUAAUUAAUCUAUCGGAAAAAACCGUUGCCGAUUACUUACAACGUCUGGGCUAUGUGGUUGAUGGCGAUGGCUGGCGCUUUGAUGAUUCUGCUCCAAACCAAAGUGACAACGACAACGACAACGACAACGACAAUGGCAACGACAGCAAUAAGACACUUACAGAUGAGGAAAUAAGCGCCGCAGAGGAGGAUAUAUUCGGAUACUGCAACAAAGAAUUUGCAUACGAACCGCCGUCUCUCAAUUGUAAUGUUCAAAUCACCCCAACGGAAGCAAACAACUCUACACCCCGUCCACCUUCUGUUUCUCUCGAAGACUUUCUAUACAUUGAAGAUGAUAACUACUACCACGAUUUGGAUAUGAAAGGAAAGGAGAAUGACGAUAACAUUGGCAACACAGGUUCAAAUAGAUUGCCCUCAUUUUCGGAGUAUUUUUCUAAUAUUUAUACUACUUGCCUUAGAGGAGGUGGGAAUGAUUAUUGUGCAAUUGAAAAUAUAAACAUCAACUCGAUGGAUGGAUUUAAUAAUGGUUAUCCAUUAAAAGGUUACGAGUAAAUUAAUUGUAGUUGCCGCUAAACUUAUGGUCUAGUCAGCGAAAUCAAUAAUGUUGCAAUCAAAGACGACUUACUAUCUUUGGAAUCAUCCUCCGAAGAAACGUUGGUCUCUAAUAAUAAACGCAUAGUUCCUCUUUACUACGAGUAUACACUAUUUUAUUGUAAUAUUAUAUAAAUAUGUAUUUAUUCAUAUUUCCAAGGAGCAUUUACAUACUCUUUAUAUUACAAUGUUUUUUAUUUUAAUAUUAUGAGUUGUAAUGUAUGCGUCAUGUGAGACGCUACAAUUUACAUAAAUGAAUUAAAGAUAUCUUAAUAUAAGCGAAACAUGAUUCCUAUUUAAAUGGCCUAAAAAUAAACGCAGACAUACAUAUGUAUAUUUUAUGAAAAUCA